CCGAGGGCCGGGGCACGGCUUCCCGCCCCCCAUUACUGUACAGACCCCCGGGAGAUGAAGGAGCCGCCGCCGCCGCCGCCGGGGCCCGAAAGUCGCCUUUAGACCGGACAGCGCCUCCUGAAGAAACACAAAGGGACUCUGGAGAAGACGCGGCCCCAUGGAGCCCGGGAUGUUUCAGGUGGAAUUCCCGAACUUUGGCAACAACCUUCUGAGGAAGCUGAACCAGCAGCGGGUGGAGGGCAAGCUCUGCGACAUCACCAUCCACCUGCAGGGCCAGAUGUUCAAGGCUCACCGGGCGGUGCUGGCCGCCUCCUCCCCCUACUUCCACGACCAGGUGCUGCUGAAGAACGCCAGCCGCAUCGUGCUGCCUGGUGUGAUGAGCCCCAAGGCCUUUGAGAACGUGCUGGCCUCCUCCUACACGGGCAAGCUGACUGUCCUGUCGCCAGACAUCGUCAGCUACCUGACGGUGGCCAGCUUCCUGCAGAUGUGGCACGUGGUGGACAAGUGUACUGAGCUGCUGCGGGAGUGCCAGCCCCCGGCACCGCCCGCCCCUAGCCAGAACCAGUCGCCCAGCAGCAGCAACUACCUCAGCCCCUGGCACGGUCCUGAGCUGCCCGCCAAGUUCGAGAGGCCCGAGGACGACGGCGUCAAGGUGGAGGGCCACUGUCACCCUCACCAUCGCCAACACGGGCAGCAGCUGCAGCAACAUCAGGAGGAGGAGGAAGAGGGGGACGAUGAUGAUGAGGAGGUGGACGAGGACGAGGACGACGACGGGCAGAAAGGCCGGACCUCGCCGCGCCAGGACACCGAGCAGGACAACGUCAUCAGCAACUCGGCCGAGCGGGAGAAGUUCGGAGCGGAGGGCCGGGAGAGUGAGGCCGGGGCGGUGAGCGAUGGCGGCGCUGACUGUCCUUACCCGCUGCAGGCCUACAGCCAGCCCAGCAUGGUGCCACACAAGCGCUGGGUCUUGGUGAAGAGUGGCAAGGCGGAGGGUGGCGUGUCUCCAGGCGGCGCGGGGGACGAGGACGAGGAGCGGCACUUUGUGCUGGUGCCGCCCAUGGGAAAGAGGGAGCCGGAGGAGCCCGGGGGGCACGAGGCGCCUGCCCACUUCGGUGAGCACCUGGGGCCCGAGGAGUAUGACGAGUUUGCCGAGGACCCCAGCUACGACGAGCCCGUCGACUACUACGGAGCGUCGGACGACUUCCACUUUGAGCAGCAGGCAGGGGGCAGCCCUGGGGGUAUGGCCAUGCAGGGCUCUGGGCUGCCUGGCGAGAUCCAGGAGAACGGUGCCUACGGAGUGCUGGGUGAUCCAGGCCCCAGUACCGGGCAGGCCGGGGCAUCAGCCAGCUCAGACUUCCCCGGAGGCGCCGUCUACAAGCUCUACCCUUGCCAGUGCGGCAAGAGCUUCGCCCACAAGAGCCAGCGGGACCGCCACAUGAGCAUGCACCUCAACGUGAGGCCUUUUGGCUGCCCCAUCUGCAACAAGAAGUUCAAGAUGAAGCACCACCUGAUGGGCCACAUGAAGAUCCACACCGGCCACAAGCCGUACGAGUGCCACUACUGCGGCAAGAAGUUCAUGUGGCGAGACAGCUUCACGCGCCAUCGCAAUGCCUGUGCCAAACUCUACCACGCUGCCACCUCCGUCCCCAUCCCCCUCCCUGACCUCGACGUGCCCUCUGACCUCAGCGUGCCCUCCGACCUCUGACCCAGCUCCUUCCGCUACCCCCACUCUCCGCCCACCAGCUGCCACUCCUCCAACCGAUCGGCAGAGACUCUGGACGAGGGGUGAGGUGGGUGUGGGGUGUG